AUUUCUUUCUUUUUUUUUUUUUUUACCAGAAAAAAAAAAUGGCUUCCACGUUACGUCGUCGACAAUACCCAAGUGGUGAUGCUGAACCUUUAUUAGUACCUCAAGAAGUGGAUUAUGCAACCUUUCCCAGCAAAAGUACAGCUGUAGUGGCUAAACCUGUUAAGCCCAAGCAACCCAACCGUACCACCAAAGUCUCGCAAAAACUGAAAUUGUUUCCUGACAAUGACGAUGCAAGAACUGUAGAAGAGAAUCUGUUUGAUGCCGACGUCUAUACCCAAUUAGCUCAGAUUCCUCAUGGCUCUGCUCGCAUUGAAGCAGAACGUUUGAAUAAUCUGGACAGAAACGAAUUGUCUCGUGCAACUGCUUAUUGUACAGCUAGUGCCUAUCAUAUGGAUGAUUUAUUCAAGUAUUUGCGUUCAAAAAGAAGAACAAACAGUACUGCACCAAAACGAUUUGAUGAGUGUGUGUAUACACCCUAUACGUUAAAUCCAUUACCACCUUCUUCAUUAAAAAAAGGACAGACGUCGGUUUUAAUAUUACCUGAAAUGUUCCUGUUUGAUUAUGGUGUCGUUGUGUUUUGGGGUAUGACGUUGGAAGAAGAACUUUCGAUAUUAAAGGAAUUAGAGCCUUUCGAGGAAGAGCAAUUAGAGCCUGAUGAUGUCGAAACCGAGGAAUUUCGCUAUUACUACAAUGAAUAUUAUCAGCCUCGUAUCUAUAAUGACAUUAUCACCCUGCGUCAUCCCUCGAAUUAUCUAGUUAAAUUGACUAUCUCGCAUGCUAUUGCUCAAAGCGUCAAGAUGACUUUAUUCGAACGCUUGAUUGAUGAUACCAUCAAUGAUACAAAGUAUAUACCCCAAGUCAUGGCCGAAAGUGGAAACAUCCAAAUGUCCAGAACUGCUAUCACUAAAAAGGUUGGACAGUUAUUUAUCAUGAGAAUCAAUGUCAAUCUUGUUUCGAAUAUCUUGGAUACCCCCGAAAUUUUUUGGUCAGAACCAGUUUUGGAACCUCUUUAUAGCGCCAUCAGAAGCUAUUUAGAGAUAUCUCAGCGUGUAGAAUUAUUAAAUCAACGUGUAGAAGUCAUUAGCGAUUUAUUAGAAAUGUUGAAAGAUCAUUUAAAUAGUUCUCACGGUGAGCAUUUAGAAUGGAUUGUUAUUUGGUUGAUUGGUAUGGAAAUUCUUGUUGCCGUCAUCACGACAACUUUGGAUGCGUUUAGUUUAUAUUACAACAAGGAAGAAUAGUGUGUGGGGUUAAUAAAUGUUGCAAAUCAACCAAAGGGUUAUCUUUAUUUAUUUU